AAAAGACGGACUUCCACGCGCGAGGCAGGAGUUAAUCGGGGCACGCGUACCUUCACCGUCCUUCGCUGCCGGAAAAGGUUACACCCCGCGUUCCAGGGCGUAGACCACAGCCUACGAAAGAAAUCGUAACAUUACGUCGACGAAGCAGUGCAUCCGGGAAGCGGACAAGGCAAAACAAAUUCCGGCAACCUCAUCAAAUCGUCGUAGGCAGGCUCUCGCCGCACGAGUGUAGAGUGAGAAGUGAGCUCGACGUGUGAUCCGUGUGAGUGAGUAGUGAGCCGACUCUGCGACUACUGCACGUGUGCGCCAUUCCCUCGUGUGUAACGGUGGUCGCGCCGGUGUGUGAGUUUAUACGGUGUGUAACUAGGUUGAACGGCAGCGGAAGAAAACAAAGAAGGAUCACCCAAAUUUCGCUGUCCUGCCGCCCAUCACCGAAAGAUUGCUUAGCAACAACACGUAACCGUGUCUGCGCCAGUGUGUGUGUGUGUGUACGUGCACCGUCGUCGUCACUUCGGUUCCAGUCCUCGGCGGACUACAAAAAACCGUGAUCGAAAAACCAUCAGGUGGCCUCGCCGCGAUUGUUUCCUGCCAUCAAUAUUACGCUCUACCUCAUGGUCUCUUGUUAUCCCUCCAAUCGGGAGAGAGAUAUUCAUAGCACGGUGCGUGCGUGAACGGUCGUGUAUUUGUGUGUGCGUACGUGCGCCUUACUCGCCAAGUGGUUCCGAGAUUCCGCGAGGUGCGCACUUCUGUGUACGUGUCAUCCUCAUUAAAGCAACCGGCGGCUCACGUUAACCAGUUUCUUCUCAUCAAGUGUGCCUCGUGGUGUAUCCUCGCAACCCCCCACCCGUUGGCCAUCUAAGUUACUUCGAAAGAAUUACCAUUGGAACGUGGUCUUAAAUCUUUCCCGAUCACACUGCCGCAGCACAGUGCAGCAACUCGCGCCUUGUGCCACGUUCGACCGAGAAACGGAACUGUGACCUAGAAGUACGGCUGCAGUACACGGCCGCACCGCGAAAUUGCGUAUAGAACUACUUCCCAAGGCCAUCUUCCCGCCAGCCAUCGACUGAUUAGCGUUAAAUCGUGGAUCAAAUCUGUAAAUUAAGUGUUCAAAACAUCACCUCAAACCGGGGCCGGCGUGUGUCAAAGGGGGAACCUACAGCUCUCACUGCCUCACUGCGGUAAGCGCUUACCGUGUUGAUCCGUUCCAGAAGCACACGCACCCUGGAGCAAGGUGAGAUCCGGUGUUGUUCAUCAAGGCAAACGGAUAAACGGAGGAGAGGUCAGUACCCAGCGCGACAAGAAACAUGGCAACGGAUAGUGGCGAUAUCGCCACCGUAACUCCCGGUCUGGUGGCAGCAGCCGAGACACAGCAGCAGCAGCAGCAGCUGCUCGAGGACAACAACAACAAACCGUUGCUAACGGUCGGAGCCGCUGAUACGGCGGAACCGACGCCUAGCGUCAACGGAACAACCACCGAGCCACCGGCCACCGAGCGUGAAGUGGUCGAAAAUAACCUCAACAACAACCUCACCGCCGUCAAGGAGGUAGGUGACACAGAAGCGAUCGAUGAAACGGAGGAAGCGGCCCCGACGGUGGGAAAUAAUAACUCCGCCGGGGCAACAACAACUCCCGCGGGUCACGCGUCGAUUGGGACACGCAUACGCCGCACGUCCGAGAAGCUGAACGAGGACACGCUCGGGGGGCUGAAUGCGCGCAAAAAGUACUCGCUCGAUGUGCUGCUCUCGUUGAAGGAUUCGGCGAUCGGGCGUGAGAAACCGUCCACGAUCCCGGACGUGUGCCGGUCGCUGCUGAAGGCGAACCCGGGCACGUUCGUGAGCACCCGCCACAGCAUGGGCGGCGGCGGCGGCGGUGGUGUAGUGGGAGGCGGUGGUGGCCAGGACAACUCCCUGUUGCCCGCCUUCAUGCGGGGAAUGGGCUUCGGUGGACCACCACCUCCGUCAUCGUCGUCGUCGGGUGGCGACGGAACGGACGGUGGGCUGCGUCCCCCGAUGAACCGCAACCUGUACCGUGGCCGGCUGUCGGCAAAGGAAAUGUCAACCCGCUCGAGUGGCGGCGGUCCCGGUGCCGGGGGACCAGCCGGCGGGCUGGACGAUCUGGACGGCAAGAUGAUCAGGCUGAACGUCAACAUUGGCGAGGAGGUCAAGCUGAAGGGGUCGGCCAACGCGUGGAAGCCACGCUGGAUGCAAAAGACCGAGGAGUUGGACGAGGAGCAGCAGAAAACCUCGGAACUGUCGCGCCAGUUCCGGAGCGUGCUGAACAAGCUGACGCCCGAGAAUUUUGGCGUGCUGAUGGAGCAGGUCAAAAAGUUUGAGAUCGACACCGAGGAGCGGCUGGACAACUGUAUCAAGAUUCUGUUCGAGAAGGCCAUUAUGGAGCUAAACUUCUCGGACACGUACGCCCAGAUGUGCAAGGAGCUGGGCACACUGAUCGAGGUGCAGUCGAGCGAGAAGCAGACCACGAACGUGCUCAACUUUAAGCGCAAACUGAUCGCCCAGUGCCAGCGCGAGUUCGAGAAGCACCAUCUGGAGUGCAAGCGCACCGACACGCUGGCCGAGGAGAACGUGAAGCGCGCGGAAGAGUCGGGCGUGCCGCCGACCGCCGAGGAGCAGGCGGAGAUGAAGCUCGAGCUGGAGGAGCAAAAGUACCGCAUCCGAAGGCGCGCCCUCGGCACGAUCCGCUUCAUCGGGGAGCUGUACAAACACGAGCAGCUCCGGGCGAAGGUCAUGAUUACCUGCAUGUCGAUGCUGCUCAAGGACGAUAUGCUGGACGAGGAGUCGAUCGAGUGUCUCUGCAAGCUACUGACCACGAUCGGGGCCCGCAUCGAGAAGGAGGACGAGCGCUGCCUUCAGGAUUGCUUCGUCAAGCUGCAGUCGGUGGCGGAACGCAAAACCCCAAUGCCCGGCGGCGAACUGGUAUGCAACCGUAUCCGCUUCAUGAUCAUGGACCUGCUCGAUCUGCGCAAAGACCGGUGGCAGCCACGUCGCGCACUGGCCACACCCAAAACGCGGGAAGCGAUUCAGCGCGAGGUCGAGGCGGAGGAAAACAAGAACUGGGUGCUCAACUACAACCUGCCACGGGGCGGUGGUGGUGGUGGCGGUGGUAACCACCGGCACGAUUACAACCAGAACGAUGGUGGCCGCAGCGGCGGUGGCGGUGCUUCGAAAAACAAACGGUUCGUUGACGAAGACGGUUUCGUACAGCCCGUGUCCACGCGCAACCCCUGGACGAUGCCCGCUAUCGACCCGAAGAAAAUUAACAUCUCGGUUUCAAAGGCAGCGGAAGAGACGCGUCUCGGGUCAGCGUCCAUGUUCCAGAGCUGGGGCAAAACGAAUGUGUUUGCGUCUCUCAAUACGGGCGAUCAGGCGGCGGCGGUUCCCGCUCCGACUCCCAGUUUCUUCGGUGCUUCCGGCCCGAUGGGUGGUGGCGGUAAGGGUUCGGGAGGAUCGCAUAAAAAGUCCGGCGGUGGUGGCGGUGGCGGCGGUGGUGGUGGCAAUAAUUCCAAAAAGCAGCACUACCAUGGCCGGAGCAGCAGUCACUUCUGAUAGGCUGCGUGUCCUGAUGCUGCGGGUUGGGGGAGCAGAGAGGCUGAUUGAUCCGGCCGAAAACCCGCACAACACUCCGGUCCGUUUGCUGCGCGCGCGCACACAGCCCCUUUACUUAUUUUCGCUUCAAUUCUAUUUUGUUAAAUGUUUAUUCCUUCCGGAUGCUUCCGCGUUGCGCCCUGGGCCCUAGUUUUUGUAUCCCUUUACUACCAGCUCGGCACCAUCAGUAAUAUAAUCAGUCCUUAUCGACGGUGCACGCACGAUCGAUCGAUACGAAACAGAGUAAAAUUUUCCCCUUUCUUGAUUGCCAUUUUCCCGAGACCCCAAGUGUUGUCCCCCCGAUCGCUGAGCGACACGGUAGUAGGAUUAUCAAAUUCCCGAAAUGCAAUUCACCGUUAUGGGACGAUGUAAACCACUCACUAUGUAUGAGAAUUCCUUUUCUUCUUCGUGUAUUGGCUCAAAACAGUUAAAAGUCAUCUUAUUCAUGCUCCUCAUCAAGGAUGAUGGUGGUAUCCGUGCGCCAGCGGCUGGCUUGCCCAUGGAUUAACAGAAUGCGGAUGGGUGGCACAGACGUCCCCGACCGAAACAAAGCCUCAAAAUAUUGUGUAUUAGAAAAGGUAAACGGAACUGCUGUGCGACUGCACAGCGGUAGGAAACAAAAUGAUGCCACGCAGCAGUUCCUUGCGAAACCGUUGGAUUAUCCGGCUCGACUAAGUGGAAAUGGGUUGAAAAAGAAGCGAACAACGGCCGAACCCGAUCCGAGAUUAUAUACUCGAUAAAAUACAUAAAACAAACUAAUCGUAAUUAUAAAUAUAUAAACGGUUUAAUAUAGGUAGGAAGCAAACAAUUGUGCAAGAACGAGAGCGAGCGAGAGAGAGAAAGAGAGACAGGACACCCUAACCAAAAUACCAACUACUUCCGUUCGAAAGGCGACUCCACGAAAGUGGGGUUCCCGCCCCGCCCUGGGUGCCAGUGUAACCCGCGAUACUUCCCGCAAUAGCCCGAUUGUUAUGGGAUUGCUUAAUGUAGAUCGCAGAUAGAUCAAAGAAAAGACGGACAUAGCUAGACUACCGGCGCAACACACAAUUGUCAGCGUGUAAAUAGAACCGAAAAAUGGAAACCAAUAAAAAAAAACAAACAUCAAUUAAGCUUCAAAUAGUGAAUUAGGGAAUGUUAAACACGAUGCGGAACUGCACCUGCGGAUUAUGAGAAGGGGCCCGAUGGGUGGCUGGUAGUAGGGUCAACCAGCGCCUUGAUCGCCGUGUUUUUCUUUAUAUUUUACCCUUUUAUUUUAAUAGUAAUCAAGAGAUAGCAAAAAUAACUAACGGUCUUUGGUAGCUGCAAACACCUCUCUCUGUGGUGCUGCGGCAGGGCUUAGGAUAUACAAUUUAAAGAUGGUACACUUAAGAAGUAACACACAGCAGAGAAAACAACAUAAAAAGUCGCAAAAAAAAGCUAGAUUUUAAGGCUCUACUAGAAGAUAAUUUAGGAUUUGAAAAUUCAAUUGAUGAACAGUCGACUCUUCGGUCGUACAGUGCAGGCAGAUCAUCAACUAAGAAAGAUCGCAAUAAUGAUCGCACUCAGACACACAUACAAGUCUGAGAGGACGCGUGAUUACAACCCUCCUCGAUCAUUUCGAGUUACUAUUAACCCCACUGACUUAAUAAUCAAGAAACGGCGAUCGAUCCGCCAAUGAUCGCUCGCAUGUGGUGAUCACAUCGGUUGAGAACCGCGACAGUGGGUUCGAUAUUCUUGCAAACACAUGGCGCAAAGAGACGGUCUCACACACAGAAGAGCGGCUCUUGGUCCUUGGUCGGCGCGUAGCAAGUAAGGUCCGCUAUCACAAACGUUUCGUCGUUUCUUUUUUCUGUUCCGAUAAACGUAUGUAAAAGUAGCUAUUAAAUGUAAAUAAACAAAUGCCUCCGUUUGUA